UGGUUUUUCGAGACAGGGUUUCUCUGUGUAGCUUUGCGCCUUUUCCUGGAACUCACUUGGUAGCCCAGGCUGGCCUCGAACUCACAGAGAUCCGCCUGGCUCUGCCUCCCGAGUGCUGGGAUUAAAGGCGUGUGCCACCACCGCCCGGCUUACCUUCAUUUUAUUCUUAAAGACAGGGUCCUACUGUGUAGUCCUGGCUGGCCUGAAACUCACUUUGGAGACCAGACUGGCCUUGAAUUUACAGAGAUCGACCUGGCUCUGUCUCCCAAGUACUGGGAUUAGAGGAGUGUUGCCACAUGCCCAGUCCAUAAACAAUUUUAAAGACCAAGAAGUGAUGAUGUUCAGAGUGUGACAAGGAUGUAUUUUUAAAAUGGGUGACACUAGGGUCUCCCCUGAGUGUAACCUCAAAACGAUCGUCUUCUUGUGAAGCUGGAUGAAGAACUCCAUGUGGAGUCCAUGGGUUCUGGGCAGCUGUUAUUGGGAUCAAAGCAGGGGAGUCGGGCAAAGAGAGAAGAGCUGUGAAUGGAGCAGGUCUGGAGGGUCCAGUAGGGGCACGGAGGCCCAGAGUGAACAGGCAUGCCCAGCUGACAACAAGGCUCUUGCUUCUAGCUUAGGACUCACUUCCAGGUCCUGGUCUGUUGCCCAAACCUCCUUGCCUCUCUUGGCCAACAGUGUUUCAUGACAUUGGCCAAUAAUGAUCUCCAGCCAAGGACAGAAGGGGCUCCCUUUCUGGAGCCAUCAGCCAUUUAUGUCGCCAGCUGUCCUUGAGCAAGGCAGCCUAAGUACCACCUAAAUAAAAGGAGUCAGGAGUGGCAAUGUGUCAGAGACAAUGGCAAGGCUGUGGAAGGCAUUUGUAUUGGUGGUGGCCUUGGCUCUGGUAGCCUGUGAAGCCCAGCGUCCACCAACACAUGAGGAUAUUGUUGAGCAGGCCCUAGAGGCAUUUAACAAUGGGCGUCCAGGGAAGCCCCUCUUCUGCCUGAUAGAUGUCACCAUGCCAUCUGGUCAGAAUCCCACUAGCAAUUUCCCACUCAAGUUCAGUAUUAGCGAGACAGACUGCAUCUCCGUCCCGGAAAGACAGCCUCAAAACUGCAACCUCCUGGAAAAUGGGGUGAGUCUCCUUCUCCCAGCUCCCAGACUGCCUUACGGAGGAAGAGAAGUUCUCUCCUCUCCUGGCUCCGUCCACAUCACUUGGCCACUUCACCACCAGCAGUUUUAAUGUUGAAGCCGUUUUUUUUGGGGGGGGGUCCUGAGAUGGCUUAGUGCAUAAAGAACCCCUGGAACUGACAUGGUAAAGACAGCUGACUCCGGACUCCCACAGGUUGUCCUCUGACCUCUACAGGCAUGCACUCUCACACACCCCAAAGAAUUGUUAGAAAAAAGCAAAGCCAGACUCUCUCUAACACCUUUUCUUACUUUAAAUUAUUGCAAUUACUUUCUAAAACAGCAAUAUGUAGCUCCGUGGUAGUCUUGCUUAGCAUGUUCAAGGCCCUGGGUUUGAUUCCCAGUGCCACACAAAGUGGGUGUGGGAGGAGGCACUGCCUGCUAAAACCUACUAAAUAUAAAAAGAGCAGAAUGGCCAAGUGUGUCUAUAAUCCACUAGAGAGGCUGCUUUUUUAAAACUGAACCAGAAAGUAACGUACUUCAAAUGUUCUUUUACCAUUCACACUGAAAGCAAUGGUUACAUUUACUGACUCACAACCUCAUUUCCCAGGGACAGGCUCAGCUGUCGAUGUACCUUCACCCAGGACCUUCAACAAACAUGGUUUUCUCUGGGCGUGAUAAUUUACAGGUGCCUUCUCCUCUAAUAAUGUAUAUGGAGGUCCUGUCGUUUACAUUCAUGGGUGUGAAUCUGUCCUUCCCAUCCACUGUCUCUCUUUGCUGGCUCUGGCUUGCAUCUCUGG